AUGUCAUCGAAAGAGGAUUAUAUCAUUAAGCCAGAAUCAGUAUCACCAUCCAAUGAUACUUCUCAAUGGCCAUUAUUAUUGAAAAAUUAUGAUAAAUUAUUAGUUAGAUCAGGACAUUAUACCCCUAUUCCUGCUGGAUCUGCUCCAUUAAAUCGUGAUAUUAAAUCUUAUGUAUCAUCAGGAGUUAUAAAUUUAGAUAAACCAUCAAAUCCAUCAUCUCAUGAAGUUGUUGCCUGGAUUAAAAGAAUUUUACGAGUUGAAAAAACUGGUCAUUCUGGUACUUUAGAUCCUAAAGUUACUGGUUGUUUAAUUGUUUGUAUUGAUAGAGCUACUAGAUUAGUUAAAUCUCAACAAGGUGCUGGUAAAGAAUAUGUUUGUAUUGUUAGAUUACAUGAUCAAUUAAAAGAUGAUAAAGAAUUAAAUCGUACUUUAGAAAAUUUAACUGGUGCAUUAUUUCAAAGACCACCUUUAAUUUCUGCUGUUAAAAGACAAUUAAGAGUUAGAACUGUUUAUGAUUCUAAAUUAAUUGAAUUUGAUAAUAAAAGAGGUUUAGGUGUAUUUUGGGCAUCUUGUGAAGCUGGUACUUAUAUGAGAACUUUAUGUGUUCAUUUAGGUAUGUUAUUAGGUGUUGGAGGUCAUAUGCAAGAAUUACGUCGUGUUAGAUCAGGUGCUAUGAGUGAAUCAGAUAAUUUAGUUACUUUACAUGAUGUUUUAGAUGCUCAAUAUGUUUAUGAUAAUACUAGAGAUGAAUCUUAUUUAAGAAAAAUCAUUCAACCUUUAGAAAGUUUAUUAGUUGGUUAUAAAAGAGUUGUUGUUAAAGAUUCUGCCGUCAAUUCUGUAUGUUAUGGAGCUAAAUUAAUGAUUCCUGGUUUAUUAAGAUAUGAAGAAGGUAUUGAAUUAUAUGAUGAAGUUGUUUUAAUGACUACUAAAGGUGAAGCCAUUGCUAUUGGUAUUGCUCAAAUGUCAACUGUUGAUUUACAAUCUUGUGAUCAUGGAAUUGUUGCUAAAGUUAAAAGAUGUAUUAUGGAAAGAGAUACUUAUCCAAGAAGAUGGGGGUUAGGUCCAAUUGCUCAAAAGAAAAAACAAAUGAAAGCUGAUGGCAAAUUAGAUAAAUAUGGUAGAGUAAAUGAAAAUACUCCAGAAAAUUGGAAAAAAGAUUAUAAAGAUCUUGAUGAACAACCAGCUCCACCUAUUCCUGAAUCUAAAUUAGUUGCUCCUGAACUUCAAUUACCAAAGAAAAAAUCGUUAAUUGAAGAAGUUGAAGUUGAUAUUGAUGUUGAAGAUAAAAAGGAAAAGAAAGACAAGAAGGAAAAGAAAGAUAAGAAGGAAAAGAAGGAAAAGAAAGAUAAAAAGGAAAAGAAGGAUAAAAAGAGAAAAGCUGAAGAUGAUAGUUCUAAAAGUGAAAAGAAAAAGAAAUCCAAAAAGGAUUAA